CCUAGCAUCGUGGACACAGGCUUUAAGACAUGGGCCAAGUUCUAGCAUUGUGGGCACAGGCCUUUAUAACUGAACUGAUUGCACCAGUUCGGAGUUUAUCUCUCUCCCAUCACAUUAGAAGGUAAAAGAUAAACUCUGAACCGGAGCAGCUGGUUCAGCUAUAAAGAAUAGACCUAUAUUGUAGGCUUGUUGUGUUGCUUGAAAUCCCCCAAAAUUCCUGCACUUUAAAAAGAGAUAAAUAUACAUCGGGUGUUGGAGAGAAAGAAAACGAAGAUUCCAAGUGCGACGAGUGCGAGCAACACGAACAAACCUAACGUUAAACGACGUUGGUGAAAGUCGGGGUAAAAGGAACAGACCCUAGGGUGCAAGAUAGGAAAUUUCUCGAGACUCGAGAACCCUCUAGCCCACGGCCAAUCAACGCGCUCGAGAGAUUUCUCGCGCGACCAACGAGACGGCGUCCCGUCGACACCGUCGCGCCAAUGCGAGCUUCGCGACGCGACGGGAGAAAACGCUACGAGGGACCUUCCCUCCCCGGCAGCAGCCAAUCCGCGCAGUUGGCAAAUAGCGAGGCGACUAGCGGUGGAAUUUUUGAAAUUUUCCUCCGGCAAUUCUGUUUAUGGCGUCCGUGUCGGCUGUGUCGCUAUCAGGGCAGGCGCCCGAUACCUUCCGAAUCUUCUGGACGCUACUGUUCUACUACUGCAACUCCACGUUGAUUCGCAUCGGCGAAUACUGCAAGCUGGCAAGCGGAAAGAUAAGAGCGGUUGUCUAUAAGCAAGUACAAGAGCAGGAUGAGGAUAAGAUAAUAGAGCAUGACGUUGCGGUGAUGACAGAAACCGUGAAGACACUUCUGGCUGGAGAACCUGUUAAAUGUUCCUCGACGGACGAUACAGGCGAGAGGUACUUGCGUGAUGACGCGAUGCCGGAGAAUGAGAAUAUUUGGAGCAAAAAUGUAGAUGCGGCUAAUCUGUUCCCGAAUGCUGAUAAACUGGCUGAUCAAAAGAACGAAGAGGACAUGCUGAGUAUCGUGGAAAGUAUUGUAACGGCAAAGCUGGACGCCAAGUUUUGUAUGAGCCAAGAGCACAAGAAUCAAACGAGUACAUCAGAGAACAAUACUGAGGACGUUGUUCAAAACUCGGUACAUGCGAGUCUUUCUGACUCACAAAAAACUGUUGGAGGCGUGAAAGAGCUGAAAUUACUAACACGCUCUGAUGGUAAUAAUAAUAAUUCCACGUCAACACCGUGUGUGCCGAAGGUGAACGAUAAACAAAAGUCAACCUGCAAAAUGACCAAUAUAGAAAGUAACAAAGCUUCAACGGAAGCAAAGGAUAAAGAUGCGCCUGUAAAAAUGAGUAAUGUAACAAAAAUCGGUAGUAAGGCUGGCAGUAGUACAAAUUUAACUAAAGACAACGAAAAGUCUUCCAGUCCUAAUAACGAUCCCAAGAAGACGGUUUCGUCGAAAUCACUGAGCACCGUUGAUAAAACUGGAAAAGAAUACUUUAAUAAUAAACAAAAUAAUACAAAAGCUGGCAUGAAAAAACAAGAAUUUGUAAAACAACGUAAUGUUUCGAGAAACGGAAUGGAAAAGGAGAUGAAAAGUGCUGUUGUGAAGCCAAACUUGGCGAAGACAGCCGUUGAGACGGCUGAUACAGCAUAUCUAGGUAAAAGUUUAUAUAAAGAUAAAGCGUUACAGAAGCAGCAACAAGCAACGCCGAAACACUUGGCGUCGAAAUCAAAGAGUCAAGAGUCUAUUAAGAGGAAUGCAUCCACGCUUAACAUCUCUGAUGAUAAAAAUAAAACGGAGAAAGCGACACAUAUGCCCGAAAACGUCGAUUCGCCACUGAAUGGGUCUGAAAGGAAAACUGACAAGAUUGUUGACGAGAAAAAUGUUCAAAGCGAUCAAAAAGUGAAUCGUGGAGUUGAUUUUAAAAAAAAUGCUACAUUUGUCGCGCAGUAUAGAAAUUCGACGUUCUCGAGGCCGAUGCAACAUAAUCCGAGAACGGGACUACCUCCGUAUGGAAGGAGUCUGUACGGGUACAAUAAUCCAAGGUUUGACAGGUAUCGCAAUGGCAAUGCUGAACGUAGAGUUACAAAGAAAGAGCACGCACCUACUAAUACAUUGAUCAAGUCAAAUACGGGAAUUGAAAAACUUGACACAAGAAAUGUGGAGAAUUGUGCGAAGCAGAAAAAUGAAACUAUUCAACCGACAAGCGAAGUCGAUACAUCAGCGUUUAAUGAUGGAAAGAAUAUAAAUCCUGUAAAAGUGGAGACGCAUUUGGUACAAAGUAAGGAAAAUACGAAUUUAAGCGUUGAUCAUCCGGAACAAGAACCUAUAAUGUCAGAACAGUGUCGCGUAGAAACGAAUGACUUCUCGAAAGUCUAUAUUGAUCAGCAACACAAAGAUACAAAUUAUGAAGACACUGAUCUGUUUACACCCUCGUCCAAUUUACCCAUUGAUGAGUGCGCAACAAGCUCGCAAGUCAAUGUGACAAGUCAGUAUUCAUCGGAGCUGGAAAAUAUUCAUUGCACGAGUGCUGUAAACCAAUUGGAGAGCAGUCAAGCUACUUGGAAUCCAUCGUCUGACAAUGCUGCGCAAAAAGAUGUGUCGGUUAUGAGUUUACAACAGUCUGUUCAAAGCAUUCAUUUCAAUACGCAGCAUACUUUUACCCAAGCGGGAAACUCAGCGAGGCAUACGUCGCCGUGGGAGCCGAGUAACGGCAAGUUUUACGAUCAACACUUUUCGGUUAGCGACGCGAUGCGGCUGUCGCAGAUCCCGAAUACUUUCAACGCGCCGCCCUACGAAUGCAACGCGCCAAUGUCGAGCGAUAGCAGCCACGUCGCCGCCACGUCUACGCUGGAAACUAUGAGUAAUAGAGAAAAUUCGAAUAUGCUCUACAGAUACGGAUCGGGCGUACAACAGAGGCCUGUCAUGGCUUCAGAUUUUCUCGGUCAUUCCAUAUCGUGUCAGGCUAAUCAGGCUAAUCAGGCUAAUCAGGCUAGGUGGAGUUCCUCGGUACAAGAGCCAUCUGGCUAUCACGUCGAGCAUCCGUACAUCGCAGCGCAGCCUGCGAUGAUGCACGUUUACAAUCCCGCAGUUUUCGGGCCUGACGAUUUCAACAAUAUGCAUACGACGGAUUACAUGUCGCAUCCGAUACUUUACGCGCCGUCUCCAUACAUGCAAACGUGGAACUCGCAGUUACAGUAUCCGAUGCCGGUUGUGUAUAAUUCUGCGUGCACGAAUUAUACUACGUUUUCUCAGCCGAACAAUUUCAACAAUUCCAUGCAUGACCAGCAGCACAGACACAAUUCUUAUAUGCAAAUGAAUAAUUAUAUUAGGGAUACGUAUAAUGAUACGAAUACCUGCGCUGCACCAGCGAGAAACACCACCGAUAACGUUCCGAUAAAAUCCAAUUAUUACAAGAGGUAUCAAGACAAUUGUCGAACUUACGAGGUUCCUCAAUACGCACCACCAGUUUCAUAUUCAAGAUCGCAACAAGGUAUGAACGUCAUGCCUGCGACAGGUGUAAGUCAGUACAACGCACCGUAUUAUCCGACAGGUCAGAAACAUUAUAAGCAAAACGUGACGAAUUACAUGAAAAAUCCGAAGAGUCAGAUGCAAGAUUUCACUUGCGAUGACAAUGGAUCGGAAGACAGCCCCCCAAUAAUAUCUCCGACGGAGUUCGUAACGAGCAAUAUAAAUCUUUCGAAUAAGACUGAUCAGUUUGCGACACGUGUGUUUAAACCUGAGUAUAAAAUGCGACCGAACACGGGAUAUCGCCCGCCACCCUUCUUACCAAGAUACAACAACGAUUUUCGCAGAAAUACUUUCCAGGAAUUCCCGAAGGAAUAUACGUAUCCCACCGGUGUCGGUCGCGGUGCGUACAAAGCUAAAAGAACAUAAAAAUUCUAUGUGUAAACCGAGAGUUGGAGCUAUGAUAUAAAAUACGGGUACGUUCAUGCAAGAAACUUGUUUUUAAAAUAUUCUACCUCUUAUAAAUGAUGAAAUUUAUCUCACUAAGAAGAUCAAUAGUAAAGUUGUUUGAAUUGUUCGAAAAAACUAUCUGUAACAAAGCUAGCUAUAUUUACUCUGAGCUAUUAUAAAUCAUUUGCUAUCUUCUUUUCUAUUUUUGAUACGUCUCGAAAGAAUAUUACGUUUUUUUUACAUAACUCUUAGUUAUAGCUUUAAGAUAGAAAAUUCCUAUUGUACUACUGAUGCUGAGAAAGGUAGAUGUACCUAUAUGUAUUAAGUUUAGAUUCAUAUCCUAUUGUGAUAUCAGGUAAUCCAAAAAUGGUGCUCUCCUUGCAUCUAAAGACUCGCUUUAAAUCUUUAUAGAGCUUAGUAUACUAUAUUCCCUCAUAAAUAAUAAAGCACAUAAGUUCUGUUUAAAUCUGUAAGUUUUCACAGAUGAGUUCAGUUACGAAUCGCAUGAUAUGUAACAAUUGUUCGAAACAUAUCCAUUGCGAGAAACGUUCAACAGGUAUUUAGCAUGUAAGAUUCUCUUAUGUUUGAUUUCUUAUAAUUUUAAGAUAAACUGUUUCAGAAAGAUAUAUUCUACACGUGCUUUAUUUUUCUAGCUUAUUUUUGUGUUUAAACUAUACUAUUGUUAAUAAAGAUAAUAUAGUUUAUUUUUCUGGACUGGUUUUAUGAAAU